AUGCGUAGGGUCAGAAGCCAGGACCGACUUCAAGGCUUUGAUCCUGAACCUGAGAGAACAUUUCACAGGAGGUUGAGGGAAGCAAGGGACACGAAUAAUAUUCAAGCACUUGUUCAAUUUCCUGUGGACAUAGCAGAGGAGCAACCCAUGGCUGUUCAGGAGGUGGCGAUGCCCAGCAUUGCUAAUGUCACCUCCAGUAUAGUGAAACCCAGGAUCACUGGGCACUUUGAGCUGAAACAGAGCAUGAUCCAGUUACUUCAUGCAAACGGGCAAUUUAUGGGUCUUCCACACGAGGAUCCACAGCAGCAUAUUCUGAACUUCUUGGAGAUUAGUGAUACUUAUAUCACUAACGGGGUCACUCCAGAUUAUGUGAGGCUCACACUUUUUCCAUUCUCUCUGUUGGGCGAGGCUAAGCGAUGGCUAAAGGCAGAACCAACUAAUUCCAUUACAUCACGGAAUGAUUUCGCAAGAAAAUUUCUGGCAAGGUUCUUUCCUUCAGGCAAAACUGCAAAGAUCAGAAGUGAGAUAGUGGCCUUCAAACAAAAAGCGGGAGAAUCUUUGUACUCAGCUUGGGAAAGGUUCAAGGGGCUACUCAGAGACUGUCCUCAUCACAUUCAGACGAAUGAAGUGUUAGCUCACACUUUCAUAGAAGGGCUACAUGCUGAAACAAAGAUCGUGGUAGAUGCUGCAGCUGGGGGUCAAAGCAAUCCGGAUUGGCAAGGAGAGAUGGGCAAACACACAGUGCAAAAGUCUGCAGGGGUUCUUGAGUUAGAUGUCUUCUCAGCAUUAUCAGCGCAGAUUUCUACACUGACCAAUCAAGUCAACCAGAUGAACUUGAGUAUCAACAAGCAACAAGCCCAACCAGUGCAACAAAUUCAAAUAUUUUGUGAAGUAUGUGGAGAGGGUCACAUGAGCAAUCUAUGCCCAGCAAAUCCAGAGUCUGUAUACUUUGUGGGUAAUGCAAAUCGAGGCCAAACAAAUCAGUAUGAGGACACUUACAAUCUCAACUGGAGGAACCACUCACACUUCUCUUGGGGUGGAAACCAGGGCACUCAGAAUCAAUACAGGCCUCAAGCACCUCAACAACAAUAUAGACCACCUCAAGUUGAACAACAAGCGAGUCCUACAAGUCACCUUGAAGACAUGUUGAAAAAAGUGAUGGCUGAACAGCAAGCCCUCGCCACAACAGUGAGAAAUUUGGAGCGUCCAAUGAGACAGCUUGCUAGUGCUCAAAACACUAGACAAGCUGGAGCUCUUCCAAGUGAUACUGAGCCCAAUCCUAAAGCUCAAGUCAAUGCAGUUACCUUGAGAAAUGGAAGAGCACUAGAAGAAAUUCCAAAGAAAAAGAAGAAUACAGAUCAUCCUGAAGGAGAAUUAGCUCCCAAGCUAGUUGAGGGGAAUGCGAAAGAUGAUGAAGGACCCGAGCCAGAAGUGCCUAAGUAUGCAAUGUAUCUCAGAGAUAUUGUGGCAAACAAACGAAGACAUGCAGAGUUUGAAACAGUUGCACUUACUGAAGAGUGCAGUGCCAGAGUUUAG